CCGCCGCCGCCCUCCUGCACGGCCCCACCAUGACGCACCAGUACCCCGCGCUGACGGCCGAGCAGAAGAAGGAGCUGUCGGAUAUCGCCCUGCGCAUCGUGGCCCCAGGCAAGGGCAUCUUGGCCGCCGAUGAGUCCGUAGGGAGCAUGGCCAAGCGCCUCAACCAGAUCGGCGUGGAGAACACGGAGGAGAACCGCCGGCUGUACCGCCAGAUCCUCUUCAGCGCCGACAGCCGCGUCAAGAAAUGCAUCGGCGGCGUCAUCUUCUUCCACGAGACCAUGUACCAGAAGGCUGAUGAUGGGACUCCCUUUGUGCAGAUGAUUAAGGACAAGGGCAUCGUCGUGGGCAUCAAGGUGGACAAGGGUGUUGUGCCCCUGGCCGGGACGGAUGGAGAAACCACGACUCAGGGCCUGGACGGGCUGUCCGAGCGCUGUGCCCAGUACAAGAAGGAUGGCGCUGACUUCGCCAAGUGGCGCUGCGUGCUGAAAAUCAGCGACAACACCCCCUCUGCCCUCGCCAUCAUGGAGAACGCCAACGUGCUGGCCCGCUACGCCAGCAUCUGCCAGCAGAACGGCAUCGUGCCCAUCGUGGAGCCGGAGAUCCUGCCGGAUGGGGACCAUGACCUCAAGCGGUGCCAGUACGUGACGGAGAAGGUGCUGGCGGCCGUGUACAAGGCGCUGAGUGACCACCACGUCUACCUGGAGGGCACCCUUCUGAAGCCCAACAUGGUGACCCCGGGCCACUCCUGCCCCACCAAGUACAGCCCUGAGGAGAUCGCCAUGGCCACCGUCACCGCCCUGCGCCGCACUGUCCCCCCGGCUGUCCCAGGCGUCACCUUCCUCUCCGGAGGCCAGAGCGAGGAGGAGGCCUCCAUCAACCUCAACGCCAUCAACACGUGCCCGCUGGCGCGGCCCUGGGCCCUCACCUUCUCGUACGGGCGGGCGCUGCAGGCGUCGGCGCUCAGCGCCUGGCGCGGGCAGCGCGACAACGCCAGCGCCGCCACUGAGGAGUUCGUCAAGCGCGCCGAGGUGAACGGGCUGGCGGCGCUGGGCCAGUACGAGGGCAGCGGCGACGAGUCGGGCGCCGCGGCGCAGUCCCUCUACGUGGCCAACCACGCGUACUGAGCGCGCCGGCCCGCGCCCCCCGCCACCGCUCACACCCGCUUGCACCCCG